CGCAGCAUGCAGCACCAAACCAGUGCUGCAUUAAAACCAUCAGAUUCGAGAUUCUCAGAGAAGUUAAGCAAUUCAUUAUUAAUGUAAUUUCUAACCAUUCGUAAGUAAGCUAUGUACGUAUAAUAUCUUAAAACAAUUGAGUCUCUUGCAGGAUUUUGAUCUAUCAGUGUUAGUUGCGCUAGUCUAACUAGAUUUAUUGUGGCAUUCCGUAAUGAGGCAUUACGACAUGGCCGAAGCAGACGCCGCAAUGCAGACACCAGCUGUUGAUUCCAAGAUAAAAGUUCCAUCUGAGCAGCCAUUACCAGAACAUGGAAGGAGCGUACAAAGCUCAUCGGUAGCCCAACUAUCAAAUCAGGAAUUUCAAAGAAUAGGUAUGGAUGCUAUGGCCAACGAUCCAUCAGGUAGCCAACAUAUCUCAACAGGUACGCUUGGUACCGCUCAACAAUCUUCUGAUGAAGUUCGACGAGAAUAUUGUCAUCUACCCAUUGGAGAUCAAUUGGGUAGUUCUGAAUUGACUAACGUAUCAGGUCCAUCACCCAUGGUAGAGCGACUCGAUUAUGAGAUGGAGGCAUCAACUGAUACCGAUACAAUGUCUGUUGAACAACUAACUAUUUCCGACGAUGGAUAUGCGAUAUCGGCGGUUCAGUCAAAAAGUUUCGAUGGCGAUUAUAAAAUACCUGAACAGUCAAGCAGUUUCGCUUGUGAAUGUACAAACAACUUCAUAGCAUUCAGGGCACAAUUAGAUAAAUUUAUCCGUGAAUCGUCAGACAAAGACGAGGCUUCGGUCACGGCCGGACAAUCUAGCAGCUCUGAAUAUCGAAACGCGGUUGGGUGUGAAGGAGAACUUGCUUGCUGCCACGCGUCGGUCUGUAACUGCUGGUGCACUUGCGAGAGCUACGAAGAGAUGAAAGCCUUUGAUGAAACUGAAGAGUCUAUGCCGGUGUGUGUGCACUGUGAAGAAUGUGGCGACGAUGAGUGUAUGUCCCCGGAGAUCAUGUGUACGUGUGACGACAGUGUGGUGGUCGUCAGGCCUUUGUACUCGGUACACUGCUGUACCUGUGGAGUACAACUAGCUCCAGACGAUGAACCACCAUCAGCUGAAUCUCUUGAUGACCAACGCAACAAUAACAUCGUGGAAGCCAUUUCUGAUGAUGAAGCUGGUGGAAGAGUACAGUCGGUGCCUCCUCCUCCUCCUCCUCUGCCUCCCACUCUUUUCUCGGGCUCUAGCUUGACACGUAUGUUAGCGCCUACCCCAGCGGGUAGUGCGCCCUUGUUGCGGCUGCGGGCGAUUACCUGCGAUGAUGGGUCUUCGCAUGACACGCGGCUACACGAGGCCGCUCGUGCAGGGCAGACAGAGUCACUGAGGAAUCUCCUGAAGGAUGAAAAUCUCAGGGCGAAAUGCAUUAUUGCCAGAACAAGACCGCUCAUGGCCACGCCGCUGAGGGAGGCCGUUGUUGGUGGCAACACCGCUUGCGUGAAGGUGCUGCUGGAGGCGGGCGCUGACGUGGACGCAGUGGACGUCAAGGGACAGACGCCCCUCUUCGUGGCAGCGUCCCUCAGCCAUCACCACAUCUUGAAGCUGCUGCUGGAGGCGGGCGCUGACCCAGACGGCAGUCGCUGCAACAGCUGCACGCCGCUGCUACUCGCCGUCAGGGAAGGCUGUCUGCCGGCUGUUCAGUCGCUGAUGGCUGCGGGGGCCGAUUCUCAGCUGGUGUUCCCGCACACGACCUGCACGCCAGGAUGGCCGCUGCAGCACAGCGUAGUAUACCGCCACCUAGCCUGCUUCCUCGCGCUGCUCAAGGGCGGCGCUAAACCGACCUUGACAGGCGUCUGGGGCGACCGUGAGACUAUCGACGCUAGCGUCCUCAAGAGGCUGUCCAUCAUACGGACAGCACUACGCCAUGCCAGCGACAUGCCCGAGUUCGUGUGGGUGUACCGGGAGUUCGGAGGGACCUUGGACCGCACAGAGGACCUGCCUGAGGACCUCCAAAGAUCGUUAUCCCCAGCGAGGCUCGCACUUCAGGAGGCUCAAGAAUCACCUCUCCGUCUGACAUCAUUGUGCCGUCUGAGUCUGACCCGAUGUUUUGGCGCCGCCCUCCUCCCAGAGGUGGCCGCACAGGCCGGACUGCCAGCAAACCUGCGGGCCUUUUUGGCCUUCCAGGACCUAGACGUGGUCGUGGCAAGGGCCGCCAGCGCAUCAUUUCUCUUGAACUAGAAUGAAUACGAGCUAGUUGAUUAUUGACAAAGAGAACAUAUGUCUGAGUAAAAAAAUGUUUUAGUGUACACAAGAAAACCCAGAAAAACCUCUUAAAUAGCUUAUGAGUGUUGAGGAAAUUUUCCUGAAUUAAUAAGUGGCAUUAAUAAAUAUUAUACAAGUUUAUAUUAUACAAGGCUACAAUUAAGUUGUAUAUGAGUGUUGUAUUUACGAAGAGUUAUGUAUGUAAUUUAAGCGGAUUUCUGCACCUCGCGUAAUAAAACGCGUUGGAUAUUGUUAAAUCAAUACUUUGUUAUGUUAUCUACUUAAUUCUUCUAAGUUUGAUGUUAACAUUGUACGAUGUGUGUUGAAUUCAGUUGGAAAUCCAGUGUUCCGUCGACGUUUCAUGGGCAAGGAGGGAGAGGGUAAGCGUUGAUGGUGUAGUUUUUAAUUAACCGGGCAUGAUUCCGUGGGCAUUACCUAUUAGAAAUAAUCGCUACCGAUAAUUUUUUUAACCACAACCGUAUAUAGAAAAUGCGAAUGGUAAGAUGUGGAUGGUAUCAUCAAUACUACCUGUAAUACAUUAGUAAUGCUGCUUGUACUGUCGUUCUGAAGUUGACAGUUGGACCGUGUACUUGCUUGUAUACUGUCGUGCUGAAGUUGACAGUCUUACCGUGUUGUUGGUAGUCGUACUGUGCUCUUGAGUAUUCAAGAAGACUUAUACGAACGUGUAAACAUUCUGUAAUAGCGUAUACUAAGGCAAUGUCCAUCGAUUAUUUUAUUUGUGGCUGAAUACUUUUUAUACAUCUAGCUCGAGUCGAAUAUGCUCGUUCUGUUGACAUUUGAUGGUUUCAACACAGGGUGACGGCCUGGCUGUUCCUCAGUUGACAAAGGACCUACUCGCUACUCCUUCAAAUGUUGUGAUCGCAAACUCGCAUCAGCAGACCGAAAUCUCUCUUUGUUUUGUGACCUUAAGAUAUAAGAGAAUAAACUAAAAGAUAUAAAAAAUAUAUAUUUA